AUGGGCGGGCUGUUCCUUCUCCUUGUGCUGAGUGUGGUGAUGGCGCUCGCGUCCUUCCUCGCCGGCGCACUCCCCCUUUCGAUGACAUUAAGCCAGUCACAACUACGCCUGAUAUCGAGCAUAGGAGUAGGAAUACUAGUUGGCACAUCGCUGAUAGUAAUAAUACCGGAAGGGGUCGAGGCCGUUGCGUCCACGGCCAAGCCUGCAUCGGCGCCGCACGACGCCCGAUCGCUGAUUUUCGGCCGCCGUCAAGCACCUGAGCUCACUAUACCACGAGACGUACCCGUAGUAGAAGUGCGAGAGGCUUUACGAGAUGACAUUGCGCCGCUCCUGCGCAGGGCAGUUGGAGAACGGGACGACGCGCCGCCUCCAGAGAGCGAGCCAGCAGUUGAGGCUCCAAAAGAGGAUGCGCACUCGGAAGACGAUGGGUUUCCGACAUUCUACAUUGGACUUUCUCUGAUGUUGGGCUUCAUCCUCAUGUUCCUCAUCGACAGAAUACCCCAGCAUGCGACAGACGGGUUGAAUUCGACCCCGGCAACCAGACACAUCAGCCUGGACAACCUGGGCUCGGCAAGCGUGAACGGCGACGUCGACGAGGAGGCCGAAGGGUUCCUGGGCUCUUUCGCCCCGACUCCCAGGCAGUCCAGGAGCCUGGCCACCACUACGGGGCUGGUGAUCCACGCCGCGGCGGACGGCAUCGCGAUGGGGGCGUCGGCGACGACGAGCGACAUGAAGCUGGGCCUCAUAAUCUUCAUCGCGAUCAUGAUCCACAAGGCGCCCGCGGCAUUCGGCCUGACGUCCAUAUUGCUCAAGCAGGGGCUGUCGAAGCGGGCAGCUAGGGGCCACCUCGUCGCCUUCAGCCUGGCAGCGCCAGUCGGGGCCCUGGGCACAUACAUUCUCGUUUCGAUACUUGGUGGGGGGAACAUGGAGGGCCCGGCGGGCCAGUGGUGGACUGGCAUGCUACUUCUCUUCUCCGGUGGCACUUUUUUAUACGUUGCCAUGCAUGCGAUGCAAGAGGACUCUGCAGCCCAAUCUCACGAACAUCACUCGGCGAUGAAUGGUUACGCAGACAGUGGUGCGCAAAGGAAACCGAGCCGGCCGCAAAUGCGGGACACAUUGGCGACAGUCGGCGGCAUGCUACUGCCUCUAUUGACCCAGUUCGGCCACCACCAUUGA